UUUUAUUGCAUUCUGUGUUUGCCUUCGUAUAAGUUUAUGUGUGCUAUUUGGAAAAGUUAGUUUGUUCGAAAAUCUAGAAAAAGGAUUAUUUUCAAACUGAGUGAAAAACGUCUGUUAAAUACUUUCGGCGCAGCAGUCAAAUUCGUAUUAGUUGUAAACAAAAUUGGAAACAUUUUAGAAAAAGCUCGCAUUUAUUCCUGAUUUGGAAAACUUUUUUUUUUCUAUUUUGUGUUCGCAUGAGUUGACGCCUAGCAAUCCCUACAUCGCUCCUUAAAGAGUACACACAGCGUCAAUGUAAAAGAGAAAUAAAAACAAAAAAUCCAAUUAACGUCCUUGGCUAGAAAAUGGAAAACAUCGAAAUGCUGAAAGCACUUUACGACUUCCAGGCGGUCUACCCCAAAACGAUAAGUUUCGAUGAAGGCGAAUACUUUAUAUUGUACCAGACUUCAGCUCGUCAACGAAACUGGUGGCAAGUAGUUAGCAUGAAAGGCAAUAUUGGUUUUGUGCCAUCUAAUUACGUAAUGAAAAUCAAGGUGGAGCCGGAUUUUCUCAUUAGUUUUCUCAACUCCUCAAUUGAGUCUCUAGAGAAGUCCAAAGAAACAGAAAUCAAUGGAAUUAUGCCAAAAGAGGAAUUGCUCGAACGGUUGCGUGAGAAAAAAAUGUCCAUGGAAAAACUUUACUUGGACUACUCAGAACGUGAUUGCGACUCUUCGUUGUCUUUCUCUCAAAGCAUUAGCGAGAAAAACUACUCCAAAUCACACAGCAAUCGCGCCACAUCCGCAUCAGCUCAACAAACCCCACACAGCCCACAAAGUCCUCCACGUUCCAAUCGCUUGGAUAGUAAUAAAAAAUCAAUGUCUAGCCCCGCUGUAGGUGUUGUAAUGCCUCAAAUUAUGCAAGAAUCCACUAGCAUGGGCACUGUGCAGAUACAGACACAGCAAUCACAACUACAGCAGCAACAGCAACAACAACAACAGCAGCAAUCGCAACAAUCACAGUCUAAUAAUAAAGGCAGUGAUAUCACACAGGACAACAGUAUCACAUCGGAGCCUUCAGAAACCACUACAACUACAACGACAACCAGCGAAGAUGUAGUGACCACAUUCAAAGAGUCAAGUCAACGUGAGUCUUCGCUACAGAACUAUUCAAAGCACAAUGGUAAUGACCGACAGUGCGAGGCAGAGGAUGUUGGUGGUGGCGGUGGUGGCAACAACAGCUUUAAUGGUAGUGGUGUUUUAGGUGGAAACGGUGCAACUGGCGGCGGGACCAAUACUUUAACAGAUGCUAGUGAACAUUUCAAUGAUGAAAAGGUGGCCGAAAAAUCUGAAGGUAGCGAACCGAUAAGUGAUGACCGCGAUGGCACCACGUUGGCUAACGAUGGUCGUGGUGAUUUUACUAACAGCGUUGAAAAUAGUCAAGCGCUGGAUAGUGAGGAUAGCGCUGUGCAGCAGGGACUGCAAACAGGUGACAUUGCCACUCCUACAUCUACUGUGAAUGCUGCCAUGUAUGGAGUGACUCGCGCAAAUUUGAAAGUUGAAUCCUCUGAUGUUUAUCAAAUUGUUGAUAUAAUACGACGCAAUACGAAUCUAAGUUUUGAUUUGUCAUGCGAGGCAUUACGUGUCGUCUUAACUAGUCUAGAGCAAUUGUACAACGGUGCCAUAAAUCCAUACCUAGAGGCGGUGGCGAUACAUGUGACCGAUAAGGUGGAGACACCCAAAGCGUUGCUGGGUAUGACGCAUGAUUCGAAACGCUUGCAGUAUAUAUUUUCGCAGCUGGCGGAUUGCAAAAACGACACUGAACAACGUUCAUGGAUGUUGUAUGAAGAUGAGGAUGAUAUUAUGCAAUUCCUGGAGGAGCUAGUGGAAAUACUGAACAAUGCUGAUGAAAAUAUUAGUUGUUAUGAAAUGUCCUGUGAUCAAUACCAGGUGCUUAUAAAUCUAGUUCAGUAUUAUCAAAUGGAAACACGCUGGCCAAUUAAACAGCUUUUGCUGAAGACUUUUACCGCUGCUUGCCAUUUAGAUCACAUCAUAGUCGAUAUUUUACUCACAUCUGUAUUGCCAUUAGAAAUUGUAGAAGAUAUGAAAACCAAUUUUGCCAACCUAGAUAAAUUUAAGAAACUUGUCAAAAUGUUAACAAUUAUAUUUUCAUUAGGCCAGCCAAUGCCAGUUAAUCAUCAAGACUAUCUUGGCGUACAUUUUGCGAGUUUUCUUUUGGAAAUCGUCGAGGGUAAUAAUCCUGAGAGCCUAGUCGAUAUGGUUAUAUCAUUAAUACUGGCAUUUAACCUGCAAUUUACUGACUUCUCGCAAAAUGUUGUGGUCGAAGCCAUGCAAAGCUUGCCGAGUGCGAAAAUUUUCACAGAGAAAAUUCUAUUGCUAUUAAAUAGAGAAGAGGAUCCAAUUCGUGUGUUGAAGCAUUCAACUGAAACUAUGAAUUCAGUACUCAAAAUGUUCAUUGAUAUCUUUAGCAAUCCAGAUACCGCUGGCAUGUUUUAUACAAACGACAACAAAGUGCUCAUUGAUAUCCUAGUGCGGCAAUUGUCCGAUUUGUGCGCGGGUAAUCCGAUGCGUCGUUGCUAUUUAGAAUUAUGCCGUCGCAUACUACGAAAUACCAAUUAUCCUGAACAUCAGCACCGCAAGCAAGAUUUUAUGAAAAUAUUUACACGCAUCUUUUGUGAGGAGACCGAAUGUAGCGCAUCGGAUCAGCAGUUGGUGCGUGAGAUUGCCAACGAAUUUCCGCAGUUAUUCAAGGCUUAAAUAGCAUUUAUGUGAGGUAGAGAAGAGAUGCGAUUUGAUGACUGAGCAAAUAAUAGUAGUAAAUUUCAAGUAUCGCAGUAAUUUCUUUACUCGUAAAUAUUUUUUGUUUUUGUUUUUAUAGGUAUAUAUUUUUGUUUGUUUGUUAAUUUGUGAUGGCAAAAUUCAAUGCAGAUAUUAAUCAUCCUGUGCGCAUUUAUCAAUUGCAUAUCUUUUGUAUUUAUUUUGGGUCAUUUUGCUUUAAUUUACAUUUAAUAUUAAUAAUAAUAAAAUACCAAAAAUUACUCAUUUUAGUGAAGCAUAUUUUAAGUUAUACAUUUAUAUAUACAUAUAUAUAUGUAUGUAUGUAUAUAGAUGUAGUUGUAUAUUUAGACUUUAAUUUAGAAUUUUAAGUACAUAAAAAAAUGGUCUAAAUGGAAAUGAAAGAUGCGCUUCUGUAUUCAACAGUUAUGCCAUUAACACAUACACUCAUGUGUAUGUGCAUGCAAUGGAACAACUUAACAAAUAUGACAUUAAGUAAUUAGUAUAAAGGAAAUAUUGAAAGUGUUUGCAAUAUUGGAAAUUAUACCUGAAACAUUAGAAAAUGUGAGAAUAUUUAAUAUUUAUAAAACAUUAGUGUAAGCACGCACUCAGUCGGAAGGUAAAAUGGUUGUUCCAGAAAAAUGAGCACAGAGUGCAAAUGCACUAAAGAACUCAAAGGGUUUUGUUUAUAAUCAAAAUACUUAUAUGUAUACAGACAUGUUUGAAAGAAUGCGAAUUGCUCUCGAGCAAUCCGGUUUAUGUUUAAGUUUACAAUUGAUAUGAAGUGUUACGAGCUUUACUUUUUGAAAGCGCACUUUAAACAUAAUUUUCAAAAUUUUUUAAUGCAUUAUUAUUUUUUUAUCAGUUUCUUAGUUUAUAUAACAAUAACUACACUACACGAAAAAAUUAUGAGACCAAGUGAUUUUGAUGAUAUCUACUAAAGCGACAAAAGAAAAAUGCCCCAAUAUCGUUUAGUUAAAGGGGUUAGGGGUAGUCAGAGGCCCGAAAAAAUGAUGAUUUUCAAUAAUUUUUUUUUUGCUAGUCAAUUGCUUUAUUUUACAAAAAUAAAAACAUAGCAUUAAUACAUCAUGUUUCGACUUGACUUUAGAAAAAUUUCAAAAAACAAAAAAUUUAUAAUUGUAAAAGUUAUCGCUGUUUGUGUGAAGCCCAUUUCUCCAGAAGUCCCUUGUGGUGAAAUUGGUUUUAUUAAUAGAUCGAUAUCUUGUGUCUGAUCGACGCUUUUUGGUUUUCAAAAUUAACAAUAGGGCGGCCUCAGGAAAUAUUUUUCAGAUUUUCGAGAAAGAACCAACAAUUAAUUGUUUAAAAAAAAAUCGAAAUUAAAAAAAAAAAAUCUUUCGAUCAGGCACGAGUUUUUUAUGUUUUUUAGAGGCAGAUUUUUUUAUUGAAAUUUACCAAGCGGACUUUAAGUUACAGUGAUCACCAAAGAAUCUGGAAAAUUCUCACUGGACUAACUAUCUCUAUGGGUAUAUUCAAUAACGCAUUAUAAUGCGCAACGUACUUUUGCAGUGUUGGCAAUGCGUUCAGAAAUGCAAAUAUGGCAGUACUGCAAAUGCAUCGCGUUCCAAAACGCCAUUUUUGUAUCAAACAUCGCGCAUUAUUUGCAGGAAAAAUUUUAAUACUGCCAAUCUAUCAAUUGCAACACUUGUCACAUUGGCAGUGCUGCCAGCGCUGCAAUUACUGCGCAUUUAUAAUGCGUUUCUGAAUAUACCCUAUCUGUGCCUCUAUUCUUUCCUAUCUCUUUCUCUGAUACUUUUCUCCUUCGCUCCUUAACUAUCUACCCCCUUUCCAGAGCUUUAAAUACAAUGGACUUUUUAGCUUGAGUGUUUUAGGAGCCACCAAAUCUCCUGGUGCUCCUUGGCUCGAUCUUUUCAAAUUUCAAUUUCAACCUUAGCACAUAGAGACAGUGAUGCAACUUAGACCACGAAAUGGGUCCGUUGUGCGCGGCAGGGGCUGGGCCACAUUUCCCUUUCCAUAUUGAACCAUCCUGAUUAUUAGAUUAUCUAUAGAUUAUCUAUAUUCAUUAAGGAGGAUCUUAAAUAUCGGUUCCUGCUUCUGGCUAGAGCCGGACAUGUGCAAAAAAGGUGUUGCAUUGUUUCCAACUCCUUUUCAUUCCUGGAGCUACGACAGAAAUCAUGCAUUCUCCUUGCAUGAUUUCCUAUGAGACAAUGUCUUCGAGGGCCCCUACUAAGGUCCUAAUUUGAAGUCUACACAAUUUUAUAAUAUUCUUGGACAGACGUAGAUUUAGUCUUGGCCCUGUUUGCCUAGCAAUUUCACAGGUAUAAACACUGAUCCAUCUUUGCUUUACAGAACUGAUUAGUGCGUCCUUAAUAAGAAGAUUACAAGUUGCGAGAGGUACCCCCAUAAAAAUACUAAUGUUUGGCAUACAGGUACCUUCUCUUGCCUGUGGCCUGGAACCCAGCAUAAGAUUAUACGAUAUUGCUUGGCCAUCUCCUUUAGAGAUUGGCGGCAACGUAAGACACUCCUUGAUGUUAUUUGGAAUGCAUCCAGGGCCCGCAGGGCAGCUUGGCUGUCUGAUAGAACGCAGAUAUCUGUUGAUGAUAUUCUGUUUAUCUCUAACCAUUUUAAGGCUUCAUGAAUAGCGCUUAUUUCAGCUUGAAAAACACCGCAGUGAUCCGUUAGUUUAAAGGAUUCACUGAUAGAAAGCUCUUCGCGUUAUAUUGCGGUGCCCUGAUCCUAACCGGUGUCCAUUUUAGAUCCGUCCAUGUGGAUCUUAACGGGUGUGUUGGGUGAUGGAUCUUCUUCAAGCCAUUCCUGUCUAGAAGGGAUUUUGAUUAAGAAAUUCCUUUCGAAGCAGAGAAUGGGAGGGUGAUAGUCACAAUCACAGGCUUCCAUUGUGAGCUCGCUCUCAGCCUUAAGGGGGUAUUCUGGUCUAGACGCAAAGUGCGGCCGAUUCCCAAAAAGCUGGCCAAAAGUCGAAAAAAAAGUUUCUAGAUAGAGUUUUUUUUUGUCUUUGGGUUGGCUACAGUAAUGCCUUGAGUAGUGAAAACCGUUCAUAGCAACGUUCUGUACCUUAAGUAUCCUCUGUAUUUUCAGUCGCAACGUGGUCUUCGUUUGAGCAUCGUAUUACUGUCGAUGAAUAGUGAAAGUUGUACACAUUUGAAAGAUUUUGUAAUGGAGUAAAUUGAACAAAACCAAAUGGAAUCAUCUUUGGAAGGUUAGUAAAAUACGAGAAAUCUUUAGUACAUAUCAAUACAGCGACACAAAAUUUUUAGCUGCAGCAAUACGUAGAUACAUUUUUUGCAAUUUUUUUUAUAAAAUUUGAGUUUUCAAACUGUAUAGUAAUACAAUGCCGUCAUAUGCUGCUUUGAAACCUAUUAAAGGUUACUCAAAAAAGUAAUGGUUACUGAAUAAAACAAGAUUCAGCUGCUACCACUUGCUACCUUACGACCCCGAAAACAUAUAAAUUAACAUGCAUCUUGAUAAUGUUCUUGAAAAUACGCUAUUUCACGUGAGGGGGUGACCAAUAGGGGUGGAUGGGGGUGGAUUUUCAAAAUUUUAAGAUCAAAUUCGUAAUCAGCGACCCCGACAACCCCCGAGUAAACAAUUUUGAAUCAAUUACUUAAUUUUUUGAGCUUUGGCCAGCUUUUCGGGAAUCGGCCGCACUGUGAGACGCCUUAAUUUAAGGCAUUUUUAAAACUAAGAUAAAAAAAGAAACACAUUUUUACUAUUCAUUUGUUUUUAUGGUUUUUAUUAAUAUUGGAAAAGUAUAAAAAAAUAAUAAUAAAAAAAUAAAAAUAAAAAAAUCGUGGAAUUACAGGCCGGCGGAGUGGGGGCUACAUAAAAAACGGUGCUCCAUGGUUGCCAUGAUUCCAAUUCUUGAAGUGAUCUAAAACAAACAAAUUAAAAAAACUGUUCAUUAGUUAGGAUGUUGCUAUCGGAUUACGCCAAAUCAAAGAAAAAGAAUUCACAAAAUGGCGUCAACUUGAAAAAAAAAAUUUUUUUUUAGCCUCUUGUUUUUACCUUUUCAAAUUUUUUAAAAAUACUUCAAACUUAAAUUUUUCAAAAUCCGAGGCAGGCGCGAUAGACAGAUGUAGAAUAAAUAACACAGGCCGACAGCAUCUCAGACCCAGAAACCAGACUAUAUAUUUCCGAAGGUUUAUGAUGCGCUGAAUCCAAAUCUGGCCUCAGAAUUGCUCUAUCAACUCUGGUUUUCGAGAUAUCCUAACCUAAAAGUGCCAAAACACCGUUUUUGCCCAUAUUUGAGGUUAUAUAGCCUUGCAGAUGUUUUCUUUCACCAAAAAAAUAGGCUGGCAUCUUUAAGUACAAGUCUUCUUCUUUCAAAUGGCGUUUUGUUUGCUCAAAUAUCAUUUUUUUUCGCAGAGAUAUCGCAUUUUGAAAUUUUCAUGUUUCGAAAUUUUCCUACACCUGAAAAUCGAUUAAGAUAACAUAGACAUGAUAUAGUCGAUUACUAAUUUUCUUGAAUUGAGUCUUAUUUUUCUUAAAAUUUUGUCUCACACCAUAAGUGUGCUAACUCACCAAACCCCUACACUAUCUAACCCACGGGUACCGAGUCACACACAGCCCUAACCCCUAGAAACCACCCCUACCAUACCGCAAGCAGGCUAACCCACUUAACCCUGGAGACAGUGAGUUUAGUCACAUAUCUUUCUUGAUAUUUCUUGAAUUUUAAGAGAAAUAAGACUCAAAUAAGACUUAAUUAAAGAAAAUUAGUAAUCGACUAUAUCAUGUCUAUGUUAUCUCGAUCGAAUCGAAUGCUGUACAACGUAUUUUUUUUGUUAAAAGUACCAUUUAUUUAACUUUUUCCCAUCUUUCAGGCAAUUUAUGGAUUCCAUCCCAAAAAAAUUUCUCAUCUUUUGCGCCGAGAAAGUCAUCAAGCCAUUUUUUUAAUACCUUCAACAUUGGUGAACCGUAUUCCAGAAAGGUGAUUCUGCAUCGACCGAAACAAGUGGUAAUCAGAAGGAGCUAUGUCUGGGCUAUAAGGCGGGUGAGGUAGAAUUUCCCAUCCGGCAUUUUCCAAAUAAUUUUUGACCGAUACUGCAACAUGUGGCCGAUCAUUGUCAUGAUGGGAAAUCAAUUUCUCGUGUCUGGUCGCCUAUUUUGGCCGUUUUUCGGCUAUUGCUUGCUUCAAACGUAUCAAUUGUUGCCUGUAUAGCUCUCCCGUGAUCGUCUGGCCCGAUUUAAAUAGCUCAUAGUACAGCACACCCUUCUGAUCCCACCAAAUACAGAGCACAAUACCUUCAAACCAUGAAUAUUCGGCUUUGCUGUCGAUUUGGCUGGGCACAUAUGAUCUUUUACGCUUUGGGUUGUCGUAGUGAAUCCACUUUUCAUCGCCAGUGACAAUACGAUGCAAAAACGAUUUCUUUUUGUGGCGAUUAAACAGCAUUUCAGACAUGCAAAAUCGUCUCUCAACGCCUCUUCCGGCUUCAAUUCCUUGUUUUGUGCAUGUAUCCGGCUGCUUUUAAACGCUUAGAAAUGGCUUGUUGAGUGACUUCCAAUGUUUUUCCAAGUUCUUUUUGAGUUUUACAUGGAUCUUGAUCGAGUAAUGCCUCCAAUUGUUCGUCUUUCUUUUUGUCAAACUUUUUUGAUGGACCUGGUCGCUCUUUGUCUUCUGUGUCAAAAUCACCACUUUUAAAUCGUGCAAACCACGGCUGACAUGCUCUAACCUCUGGAGUUUAUUCAGGAUAAACUUCUGAGAGUAAACGAUGUGCUUCUGUUGCACUUUGCUUAAAAUUGAAGAAAAAAAGCAAACCUCCCCGCAAAUGCUGUUUUGUUGGAACGUAAUUUGACAUUUUGACUGUAAUACAAAAAAAAAAAUUGUGUGUUUACUAAUAUUCACUGUGACAUAUCAAAUUUACUUGAUUUUUUGGCGUGCUUUAACAUAAAAUAGCUGCCACUGUCAAAAUAUUGACUACAUAAUAUAUGAGGUUUGUAACAAAUACGAAAUUAAUUAGUUCUACACCGUUAUAUAUAAGGUUGUCAAAAAAGUCUUGCGGUAUUUCCGCAAGCUUGUCUUUGCAAGCGCGUAGUUCUAGUUGUAUUCGUCGCAUCGGUUCACGCUAGAGCUUUUUGGAAAGCUCUUAGUCGUUCGUGAGUUAUAGCGUCGCAAACAUGGAGCAAAAUAAAGAGAAAAUACGGCAUAUUUUACAGUACUACUACGAUAAAGGUAAAAAUGCAUCUCAUGCUGCCAAUAAAAUUUGUGCAGUUUAUGGACCCGAUACAGUUUCCAUUUCCACCGCACAACGAUGGUUUCAACGUUUUCGUUCUGGUGCAGAGGUGAUCGAAGAUGCGCCACGGUCCGGAAGGUCUGUCGUCGAAAACUGCGAUAAAAUCGCUGAAUUGAUCGAAAGAGACCGGCAUAGUAGCAGCCGUAGCAUCGGCCAAGAGCUGGGCAUGAGUCAUCAAACCGUUAUAAACCAUUUGAAGAAGCUUGGAUUCAAAAAGAAGCUCGAUGUAUGGGUGCCACACGAAGCGGAUGGUGACUGGCGAUGAAAAGUGGGUCACUUACGACAACGUGAAGCGCAAACGGUCGUGGUCGAAAAGCGGUGAAGCUGCCCAGACGGUGGCCAAGCCUGGAUUGACGGCCAGGAAGGUUCUUCUGUGUGUUUGGUGGGAUUGGCAGGGAAUCAUCCACUAUGAGCUGCUCCCCUAUGGCCAAACGCUCAAUUCGGACCUGUACUACUAACAACUGGACCGCUUGAAUGCAGCACUCAUGCAGAAGAGGCCAUCUUUGAUCAACAGAGGCCGAAUUGUCUUCCAUCAGAACAACGCCAGGCCACACACAUCUUUGGUGACACGCCAGAAGCUCCGGGAGCUCGAAUGGAAGGUUCUUUUGCAUCCACCGUAUAGUCCGGAUCUCGCACCAAGUGAUUACGACCUAUUUCUGUUCAUGGCGAACGAGCUUGGUAGUCGGAAGUUGUCCACAAGAGAGUCCUGUGAAAAAUGGCUCUCCGAGUUUUUUGACAAUAGGGAAGCGAGCUUCUAUAAGAGGGGCAUUAUGAAGUUGGCAUCUCGUUGGGAACUCGUCAUCGAACAAAACGGCGCAUAUUUGACUUAAAUCGCAUUAUUAUAACCAAUUUUAUGAACAAUUGAAAAUUCAAUAAAAAUACCGCAAGACUUUUUUGACAACCUUUAUGUAUAGAAUAAAUAAAGGUUGUGUGGUAUACAAAAGAUUUUGUGGAAAGAACGAGUCCUCAAGUCGUCCGGUAACAUCUGCCGUUCAUUGCGCGUUUCGCUCCACUCGGCCGGCUUAGAUGCCAUGUCACAAAAUCCGCUGUAUCUCCGAAAAUAAAUCGAAUUUGGAAAAAUAUGCCCUUCAAUAUUACCUUCUAAACUUUGAAAAUAUGCAAAACAAAAAUCGAUUUUUUUCAAAUUUCUAGACCAGAAUACCCCCUUAAAGCGGAGAAGGCCGCUGAGUAUUUGCAGAAGAGAUUAGAUCUAGGUCUUGCUCUUAUACUCUUUUCGUUUUAAAGAUGUUUCUUUCCUUAAUAAUUAAUUUAAGUUUUGUGAAAUGUGUGCUUAUUGCUGAAUGUUUUUAAAACAUUUGCCAUUAAAUAUUGGGUAGUCGAAAAAGUCAAAAUCAAGGAGUCAUCUACAUACCUCUAGCGCUACCAAUCACAUUGUGUCAUAUCAUAUGGUGUUAGAAAGGUGACAUUUUAAGCUUCAUUUAACCAAAAAAAAAUUUAAUUCGGAGAAGUUUAAAAAAAAGUUAUAGCUGUUCAAAAAUGAGUGAAAAUAAUGAAGAAAUUCGCUUUAUUUUGAAAUUUUUGUAUAUAAUAAAAAAGGGAAGAAUGCCACGCAAGCCACCAAUGAAAUUUGUGAAGUUUACGGAGACGAUGCUGUAUCAGUUCGCUCGCUUCCGUUCUGAAAAUUUCGAUUUGAAAAAGUCGAUGAAAUUAUGAAAAAGAUUGACCAGGACCAUCACAUAAACUGCCAUGACAUCGCCGAGACACUAAACAUUCAUCAUCAAACGGUUUUUAACCAUUUAGAAAAGGCUGGUUACAAAAAGAAGCUCGAUGUUUGGGUACCACAUGAAUUGUCUGUGAAAAAUUUAAUGGACCGAAUUAACAUCUGCGACUCUUUGCUGAAACGAAAUGAAAUCGAACUAUUUCUGAAGCGAAUGGUAACAGGAGACGAAAAGUGGAUCAAAUACAACUAUAAUGUGCGAAAAAGAUCAUGGUGCAAGGGUGGUGAAGCUCAACAAAUGGUCGCAAAGCGAGGAUUGAGGCCUCGAAAGGUUAUGCUCUGUGUUUGGUGGGAUUGGAAAGGAAUCAUCCACUAUGAGCUGCUCCAGCCUGCUCGAACGAUUGAUUCUACUCUUUACUGUCAACAACUGAUAAGAUUGAAGCAAGCAAUUGAAAAAAAACGGCCAGAACUGAUCAGCAGAAAGGGCGUCGUAUUCCAUCAGGAUAACGCUAGGCCACACACAUCUUUGAUGACUCGGCAAAAACUGGGAGAGCUUGGCUGGGAAGUUUUGAUGCGUCCACCAUAUAGCCCUGGCCUUGCACCAUCGGACUACCAUUUGUUUCGGUCAAUGCAGAACUCCCUUAAUGGAGUAAAGUUGGCUUCAAGAGAAGCCUGUGAAAAUUACUUGUUACAGUUUUUCGACGAGAAACCACAAAAGUUUUACACUGAUGGAAUAAUGUCUCUAGAAGAAAAAUGGCAAAAGGUGGUCGACCAAAAUGGUACAUAUUUGGUUUAAUAAAGUUCAUUACAAAUAUAAAAAAAAUGAGUUGAAGUUUGAUUAGACAUGCAAAAAGACUUCUUCGACUACCCAAUAAUAUUAAAAACAUAAAUUGCUAGCCCUAAACUGAUAAUAAAAAUAUAACAAAUCUAGUAGGUCUUAUCAUUUUUCGUGUGGUGUAAAAUGACUAGUCCAACUUACAUACAUAAGAAAUUUUUUUUUAUUUAUUUACAAUACUUAUUUUAAGCACACAGAUUUUUCUUCAAAUUACCAGCUCAAGAGUGCAGCAACACAUUUUUACCUUUUAAACACACAAUUCUAAUGCAGAACAACGUAAAACGAAUAAACGAAAGUAAAAAUAAAAAAAUUUUUAAACAUUGAAAUGUUAAAUUUGACUAUAUAAUCUAUAUAAUGAAAUCUAAUAAAUAUAUAUUAAAAAAAAACAAAUAUAAUGAAUAUGUUAUAGCCAAUCUGAGAAUCUGAAAACUACAUAUGCAUACCCGAUAAAAAGUACCCUUUAUUUAGAAGUAAAAUUUUCUAAACUGUUCUUGAUCAAAUUAAAAGAUAAACCAAAAGUGGUUAAUUAAAAUAUUUGCAGUAUAAACUAAACAAUUGACAAAUCGUUUUUUAAUGCAUUCAAAUCCGAUACAUUUAUUAGAAAAAAAAACUUUGUAAUUCUGGCACUUUUCAUUUUAUUUCAAAGUGACAGAAUAAAAUCCGCACUUUUGUUGAGUUUUAUGCAUCAUCAGGCGAAUAUUUAUUCAAAAGAAAAUAUAAACGCCCGAACUGCCUUUGUCAAAAGGGUUUGAAAUGUACCACAAAUUAUUGUUAUUGACUAUUUAUUAAGUUUACUGUUAUAUGACUGUUUUAGAAUCUAUUCAAAAGGCAUCCAAAGACAAAUGUGUUCAAUUCAUUUUUGAAAAGUCUACACACAGCACAUUUUAAUUCGAGAUUUAAUCAAAGUUUUAAAAUGAAAUUAAUAAAAUAUUUGUUUUAUUCGACAACUUAAA